CACGGUUUCGUUUUCAACAUAUAGAUCUAAGUCAUAUUGCUAUUGAACUGAAGAUGUAGAACUGUAGACUACUUUAAUUUGGUAUCGGGUGAAAAUUGGCUGGUAGUUGUUCUAACAAACAAGCAAGGAAAUAAUGGAGAGUACUGGGUCAACAUUACUAUUUUUUAUUUGUAUCAUUCCUCAAAUUCUAGGGUCAUCAUGGAAGGAUGUUUUUGUGGAUAAUCAGAGAUGGUUUGGCUCUUACAUGUUUCACUAUGAAACAGAGGACUACACAGAAAAGAUUAAAUGUAGCAUGAGCAUCUACCAUGUCGUGAAAGAGGGUCUAGGAACUGUAUAUGCUGGCUUUUCAGACCCUGAUACAAGCAUGGAGUUAGAAGGAGGACAUUUACUGAAUGCUCCAAAUUUCACCAUUCAGUUCAUUAAGUCCACGAUAUAUCAGGCCACCAGUAAUCGCAUCCCCACCUCUGGCGAGUUUGAAAUCACAGGAAGACUAAUCCACACAAAGUCAGGCUGGGAGUAUCACGCAAAUGUUACAAAACCAGUUAAUAACUCAUUUAGUAACUUAGUCCUCUCAACCUUAGAAGUAUCUUCCAAACCCCCAGAAAAGGAUAGGUCCUUACAGAUUGGCCUCACCAUUGGACUUUCCCUGUUAUUUUGCCUAAUUGGAAUUGGCAUCAUGGUUGGCUUAGUCAUGUGGGGAGUGCGGAAAGGUUACAUUCGACAUGUGGCAGCUAAUUACAAAAACUUCAAGAAUCCUGCUCCUAAAUUCAAUGUUAAAGAGGGUGAUGUCCAUAUGUAGGCAUAGAAAACUAUACAUUAAAAAUUCAAAAUUUUCUUUGUACUUGGUAAUACAUGUAUAUGUUGUCUACCACCUUAAAUGUACAGCAAAUUUAAAUUUGAAGUUGUAUACUAACGAAUUUACAUGCGUAUCUUGUGCUACAAUGAGAAGAUUGUCCACUGAAAGUGAAAACAUGAUUGACCUACUGUUUUGUAGUUUGCUUCAACAGAGAUUUUUUUUUUAAUUUUUAUUGUGUAAGAGUCUGUGUAUGAUUUUUUGCAAGGUUGACUUUCUGUGAUUUUUUAUGUCAGGUUGUGAUGUAUGUAAUAUUUCAUCAGGUUGGAGCCUGCCAUUUGCUCUGCAAUUCAUAUCACAUGUAUAUAAAUAUUUGAUUUAUUUAAUUGCCUAUGAUCCUAUUAUAUUUGAUUUCCUAUUAUACUCAUGACAUUCCUUUUUAUUGUAUUAAUGGUUGUACAACCAAACUUGUUUUCUGUGAGUAUGCAAUGUCUAUUAUACCCAUGGCAAUCUGUGAUCUUAAAAAAGAUAAUAUUGCCUACACCAAGGAUUUAGAUUUAAUUUUGAACUGCUGCUGGUAACUGGUGCAAACAAGCUACUAUAUUAACUGGAUUAUCAAGUGCUUUCAGAUGGUUGUUUACUACCAUACAGGUGUAAAGCGUAGUUUCACUUUUCUGCGACUUGACACAGCUUCUGCAAAAAAAAAAAGUCCUGCUUUUUCGCGACAAUUUUUACUGCUUUUCCGUGAUUAUAAUUUUUAGCUUUUCUGCGACUUUUUUCGUACCUCUCCCAUUAGCCAGGUAAAACCUGUUGCCCCCUGCUUACCACAAGGAGGUUGUAAACGUGGCUUUGCAGAUUUUAUCAACGCUGCAUCAGUAUGACACAUCCCCAUUCCUUAAAACAUUUACUUUUCUGUAUGUAAAUCCAUCAUAGAUUAUAUAUUUGUCCCCCCGAUUCAAUUUCCAUAUUGUUUAAAACCUAUCACCGACCAGUGUCAAUGCGAGAUUCAUUCAAUUUUUAUCACCACGUGAGUAAGCACUCACUACCUAGUAGAACACUUUGGGGAAAUACAAUUAAAUAUCAGUAACCGUUUGACGUUAAUUGCUAAGCAUAACCAUUUAAAAUAGCGGAGAGGAAGUGUCAAAAAAAGGAGAUAACACAUAACAUAUAGUAAAAACCAAUCAAGGAAAAGCAGUAUAGAGUAGUUGUGGAAAAGCAACAAGGUUCCGAAAAUGAAAUCACGGAAAAGCAAGUCAGCUGUGUAAAGCCAUUAUUAUCUGUGAAGUUUUUAGUGUGAAUAAUACACUGGUGCAUUUAGCUUCUGUUUAGGAAUCUCUAAUAAUGACUUUAUUGAUAAUCUUUUUGUUUCUCUUUAUUUUACUUUUUGGUGAGGGUAAGGUGCAUUGUUGAAGAAUAUUUUUUUUUUACAGUUCAUUUUAUAAAAUUUAAGAUCAUAAUGAAAGUAACACAAUUUAUGCUGUAAUUGAAGUAGAGAGCAGAGAAUUUCAGCUUCAACCGAUUAUUUGAGAAUGAAUUCUUUGACUUUUAAUUCAGAAAACAGAUGCAAUUAUUUGGUUUUAAACAAGUCCAAUUCAGUAAAAUCAUCAGUAGCUUAAACAGGUGAGAUAAAAAAAAAAAAAAAAAACGAUACUCAUGAGAUUUCUGAGAUUUUUUUAAAAUAUAAAAUGAAUUUGCUGAGAACCGUCCCAUCUCUAUUUUUUUUUUCUUUUUUAGAAAAAAAUGCUGUAAAAAGAAUAGGAUAGG